AUAUUGGUACUUGAAAAGGCUUGAACCACACACACACACAGAGCAAAACUUGGAAACAAAUGAAGGAAAGAAUAGCAAAAAGGUAGGAGAGGGAGUCACGGGAUAAAGCAAGCUCCCUCAGCUUUUUUUGCUUCCUUCACCAGUUUCCCUUUUUUUUCUUCUUUACAUGACAAAUAAACAAAGUUUGAUCAACCAUCUCUUGUGAUGAAAAUGCCAGCAACCCUCAUGCAAAUAUAUGUGUUUGUGGCUUAGUUGAUUUCGGUUGUCAUUUUCCUUACACCACCACCCCUCCAGAGAACACUUUCUCACUUAUUUUCUGGGUGGUGUUCUCUAUAUAACUUCAUGACCCCUUGUGGACAUUCAUCUGGAGAAUCACUUUGAAAGAUGAAUCCUUCUGCAGAUGAAUCGUCCAGUCCCCCGAACCUCCCUUUACUUCUCCAGCCUUCUUAUGCUAGAUCAAAAUCAAUGCUUUUCGAUGAUCUACGCAACUUUCGUGUAAGCCUCAAGUGGUGUGCCCUUGAUCACUCUUCCCCCUGGGGGAAAAUCUUAUCCUAUUUUACCUUCGUGGUCUUUACUAUACUUGUUCCCCUCGUAAGCUGUUUGUCCAUAGAAACUCCUAACUCAUUAUCUUCCCCGGUUGAGGACCCCAUCUCCUUUAACGCACUUGUCCAAUUCCCCGAGUCUGGACUGGCCACCGUCGGGUUUUUCACUCUAAUCUGUUUCUUUAGGAAAUAUGGUCUCAGACAGCUACUGUUUCUUGACGGAUUAGGCGAUGAUUCUGUCUUUGUGAGGCGUGGAUACUCCCGUGAGCUUGACAAGGCCUUCCGUUAUGUGGCUGCCAUACUUUUACCAUCUUUCUUUGUGGAACUCGUGCACAAGAGCAUAUUUUUCUCCUCAACAAAAGUAUCAUUUCCUUUCAUGAAGUCGUCUUGUCUUCCAUUGAACUCCGUUAUGUUCUUCCUUGUCUUAGUUUCAUGGGUUUACCGAACAGGAGUCUUCUUGCUUGUAUGUAUUCUGUUCCGGUUGACUUGUGAGCUUCAGAUACUGAGGUUUGUAGGGCUGCACAAGAUGUUUGAUGGAUGCGGUUCGGACACGAUAGAAGAUAUAUAUAAGGAACAUACCCGGAUUAAGAAGCAGUUGUCGGCUACAAGUCACAGGUACAGGUUUUUCAUCAUCGCUUCCUCUGUCGUGAUCAGUGCCAGCCAAUUUGUGGCCUUAUUGUUGGUUCUAGCCUCGAAAUCAGAGAAGAGCUUCCUCAAUUCCGGAGAUCUAGUGGUAUGCUCGGCAGUUCAGCUGAGCGGAUUCUUCUUGUGCUUAUUGGGGGCUGUGAGAAUCACACACCGAGCUCAAGGAGUUGUAAGCAUCGCAACGAGGUGGCACAUGACUCUCACGUUGGCUUCUUCGGCUUCUUUGGACUCAGAUGGGCGUAAAAUCCAGGACGGUAUGCCCGAGUCUCAAGCCGAGAGCGACACUGACUCUUCAGACAACAUAUGCAUCACAGUUUCAUCGUCUCUGGAUCCGACUUCCUUCUUCCAAGCUCGACAAGCUCUAGUGGAAUACCUUCGACACAACAACAAGGGGAUUACGCUCUACGGUUACACACUUGAUCGAGGAUUGCUUCACACGCUUUUCGCGUUCGAGUUCUCGUUGGUGAUGUGGAUUCUUAGCAAGGUUGUCGUCCUGUCUUAGCAGAGACAUUUAUGAUCAAGAACUGAAAGAUGUAAGAGGCUCUUCACCUUGUAGGACAGACGUUUGCAUCAAAGGCUUUGAUACGUUUAGCUUAUGAUGGUAGAGCAUAAACACACUGUUAAACUCCCGGUAUAUGAACGGUGAAAAUGCCAAUAAAUUCAGUUGUAAGUUGUUAAUUUUCUUGACAUUUGAAUAAAAUACCAACUAUAAUAUAA